AUGCGAGCUAAAGUAUCUCGAGUGGCGAUGCGAGUAGCGACGUACUGCGGACGGCACAAUAGUGGCGGUAUUGAAGUCAAAGGCUCAAGUUCUUUGUUAUUCUACCCGCGUCAUGUAGCAGCAGAGUGUUUGACACUUCAUCGAGCGUUUGCGUCCGCUGCCAGUGUCGAAGCUGCGCGCAAGUUUGCUUGGGCCGAGACCGACAUUGCGCCUCCAUCUCCAGGCCGCGGUAUUAUAGGGCGCUCUUCUAACGUUGAUGUGACCAAAAGCGAGAAUCCUAUUCAACGUUGGCACUGGCUAUGGAAGAUGCUGGGGUUUCUUAACGAAGAUGACCGUUUGUUCCGCAACUCAACCGCCGUGUUCCAGAGCUGCAUGAACUACACAGCUAGACCAGAAUAUUAUAGUGAACUUGGAAUUUCAAAAUCCUUUCGUGCGCAGCAAGCACUUUUGAUGGUACAUGUGUGGCUAGUGCACCGUCGCUUGGCACUAGAAGGCGAGCAGGGUAAAGUUAUGCAGGAGCUUUUAUUUGAUCGUUUGUGGGAGGAAACAGUGGUACGCAUUCGCUACCUGAAUAUCUCGGAGCUUUCAGUGAAUAAAUAUCUCGCUCAGGUUCAGCAAAUUGGCUUUAACUCCUGCAUCGCAUAUGACAAAGGAUUGAAAAAUGGCCCUAACGUUCUUCAGACUGCUGUGGCUCAGCACCUCCUUGAUAAUGAAACACCCGAAGGUUUACGUAUCGCCAGCAUCAUGGCUGAGUACAUGAAACGAGAAUUAAAGAACUUAGAAAAAGUCGAUGCCGAAUAUAUUAUGAAAGGCACCAUUCCGUGGAGCUCAUUGCCUCAAACUCACGUGAAAAAUAGACCCGAAGAUGAUGACGAUGUGGUGCUUAUUGGACAACGCUUUGGUAAUUGGCGCUCGGCACUGGACAAUCGGGGCAAACUAUACUAUUGGAAUUUGACCACGCGAUACUCUGUUUGGAGCAGACCGACGGGUGAUAUGCUUCACGAAGGUGAGGAGAUUAAGUAA